AUGUUCACCACUCGGGCCCGUCAGCCUGAGUUGAACAAUUUUUUCUCAGCUCGAGGGGGUGGACGAGGAGGAGUGCGUGGUGGUGCGCCCCAGUCAUACGGAGCUUCGGCCAGCAUCAAUGUGGCCAUCGGAAAAGGAGACUUCCCUGGCAGUUGCUUUGGCUGCGGGAAGCAAGGGUACCGCCACUUUGAGUGCCCCAAUUGUAAGGACAAGCCUUACACCAAACGCGCUGACACGCGGGCUACGGUUGCCUCGGGUUCCACCCAGGCUAUGACAAGCGCCCCCGUCAUGACAUCACCCUCGGCAAGUACAAGUGCCGCUUCAGUGAGUCCAGAGAAAUCUGAGACGCUGGCGACCUUGAUGGCACAGGUGAAGUCGAUGCGCAAGGAGCUCAAGCACUACCGGGUGAUGAAGGAGGAGUCUUUUUGA